AUGUCGAAAAACAAGAAAGAUCGUGUAUCCAUGGACAUAACUCCCAAAGAAAUUGCUGCACUCAUAAAAGCUUCACGAAUUACUGAACAAGAAAUUCAACAUUGGCAUGAGGACUUUCUUAAUCAUUGUCCAUCAGGUCGAUUAGAUAAGCAAGCAUUCAUUGAAUAUUAUAAAAAAUUAUAUCCACGAGAAGAAACAAACAAAUCAAUUGAACAUAUUUUUCAUAUGAUCGAUGUAAACAAUGAUGGUACAGUUGAUUUUCAUGAAUUAUUGAUUGUUAUAGUUUUAAUUGAUCAUUUAAAUGAUUUGGAAUCACGUCUUUCAUUUGUAUUUGAUAUAUGGGAUGAUUCAGAAGAUGAACAUAUUAAUCAAAAAGAAUUGGAGAAUAUGAUAUCAGCCAUGUACGAUCGUGCUGGUAUUACUGAUCGAAAAGGUGAUCAACAUCCGAAAAAACGUGCAAAAGAGAUCAUUGCUAAACUUGAUAUUAGUGGUGAUAAAAAAUUAAGUAAAGAAGAAUUUAUUAUAGGAUGUAAAAAUGAUCCAGUUAUUCGUAAUUUAUUUGCUCCUGAUACAUAA